AUGGAAAAUAUAACUUUAAAGCCUCUGGAGAUGGAAAAAAAUUUAUCUACGGGAAUUAAGAAGGUUAGUAUCGGCAUACCUAAUGAUCUUUCUUUCUUCAUACUUUCAAAAUUAUCUGCAAAAACUUUGAAGCGUUUUGAAUGUGUAUGUAAAUUAUGGACCCUCUUAUUUCAAAACUCUUACUUCAUGAGCCUAUUCUGCAAAAACCUCUAUAAUCAUUCUUACUAUGGUUAUACAUCUCUUCUCCUACACCUACAUCAUAAAACGACAUCGAGCGAUUUAUUAUAUUCUCUAUCAGAUAAGCACUUUGAGAAUAAGAUCAAAUUAAAUUGGCCAAAUCCUAUUCAAAAGGAAGAUCUCGAAUUUGAUAUUUUGGGGUCUCGUAGUGUUAACGGGAUUCUUUGUCUAAUAAUUAGUUCCCUCCAAACAAAUACAAGACUUGUAUUGUGGAACCCUGUUAGUGAGGAAUUCAAGGUUGUUCCUACCAGCUUUCGUGAGUCUGUACCACCAUAUAUGGAUAUUGAAAUUACUCGAUAUGGUUUUGGUUAUGAUUCUGAUAGAGAUGACUACAAGGUGAUUCGACAAAUAAUGUAUAAUCCAAAUAGCGAUAGUGAAAGUGACAUUGAUGAUUUGUCAUCUGAAGAUAUAUAUUACCAAGUCUUUUGGGAGAUUUAUAGUCUACAAAGUAACUCUUGGAAGAAACUUAAAUCUAAUCUCCCUAAUAAUUAUAUAGAUCGAGUAUUGUGUCUUGACGGAAUGUGUCACUGGUGGGGUGAAGAAGGCUAUAGUAAUGAAAAUUACGAUGAAGCAUACCUACUAUCAUUUGACAUAAGUAAGGAGGUAUUCCUUAUAACACCCAUACCCGAGGAUAAUUUUUUUAGAUCUAUGCUUUAUUGGGAAGACUUAGUAGUAUUAAAUGGUUGCAUUGCUUUAAUCUCAAAUCACAUUAAAAACUAUCCAAGUGAUGAUAUUUUUCAUAUAUCAAUUUUGGGAGAAGUUGGUGUGAAAGAAUCAUGGAUUAAAUUCUAUACUGUUUGGCCUUUUCCAUACAUUGAGCAUCCGAUUGGAGUUGGAAACAAUGGGUAUAUAUUCUUGAUAGGGAAUAAUGGGAAAUUAGUUUGUUUUAAUGUAAACACUCAGAUGGUUGAGGAGCUCGGUUAUGUAGGACAUGGAUUUAAAAGUAAGAUAAUAAUUUAUGAAUGA